AAAAUGAUUGCUCUGAACCUAAUCUCAUUUAUGGGAGUGCAAAAGAAAAAAAAGACUCCAGGUCAGGGAGAUUGUAUAAAUGUUAUCGCCACGGAGGUUCGGCUACAUUCAAGAAGCUGAAGCAUCUCCACGGACAGAGUUCACAGGCUGAUUUGCAUCUCAGCUCCAAAAUACGGAUUGAACUGAGGACAUUUACAAGGGCACUCCGGCCGGUAACUUUGAAGAGACCCUGUGAAGGCGGCAGUGAGGGGCCUUUUCUUGCAGACCUGUACUGUACGGACCCAGCAUGUGCACUGGGGGUUGUGCCAAGUGCCUGGGGGGCACCCUCAUUCCCCUCACUGUGUUUGGCGUCCUGGCUAACAUCCUGUUGUUUUUCCCUGGAGGAAAAGUGGUAGAAAACAAUGAACACCUUUCCCAAGAGGUCUGGUUUUUUGGAGGAAUAUUAGGAAACGGAAUCUUGAUGCUGUUCCCUGCGCUGGUGUUCCUGGGCCUGAAGAACAAUGACUGCUGUGGGUGCUGUGGCAACGAGAGCUGUGGGAAGCGAUUUGCGAUGUUCACCUCCACAAUAUUUGCUGUGAUUGGAUUCUUGGGUGCUGGAUACUCAUUUGUCAUCUCAGCUGUCUCCAUCAGCAAAGGCCCUAAAUGUCUCAUGGAAAAUAGCACAUGGGGCUACCCUUUCCACGAAGGGGAUUACCUCACGAACAAAGACUCGUGGAGCAGAUGCCAAAAGCCUGAAAACGUGGUUCCCUGGAAUCUGACCCUUUUCUCCAUCCUGCUGGUCAUAGGAGGUAUCCAGAUGAUUCUCUGUGCCAUUCAGGUGGUCAACGGCCUCCUGGGGACGCUGUGUGGAGAUUGCCAGUGUUGUGGCUGCUGUGGGGGAGAUGGACCAGUUUAAACCUCUAUGGGAACCUGCUCUAACUUUACGGCAUGGAAGAACCAUUAAACUUCUUUUUUUGGGGGGGCAGGGGGUGGGGGCGGGGUAUCAAUUCCUAUCUGCUUCUGAAUUGUCAAAGCCAAGGGAGGAAAGAGUUAUUCCUUCUCCUUCCCAACUCGCCUAACUCAACUUAGAAUGUUAUGUUAGUUUCAAAUAAAAAAAUGGGUUGCCCAUUUAAGUUAGAUUUAUAAAUCUUUCAAAUUAGCAUCCUUUUAGAAUUGAAAAGCAGGUUCAAAGCUAAUUAUUCACGAUUUUUUCUGUAAGAAUGAAAAAUAUAUAAUGUCACAUGUAUUGCCAAACUGCUUCUUUGUAUACAGAGGUAUUUAUAUCCUUAGAACUUUAAUGUAAUUCAAAGGAGAAAAGCACUUGAAAAUGAGAAACUAAGACCAAUUUUUGUUUUCAAGAUUCAUGGGAAAAAAGAAUGACUGAUGUAGCAUAAAUAAAUGUUAUUUGGCAUCUUUUUGGCUAAUGUGUUUGAA